AAGCGAAUAAGCGAAUAAACAGGAAGUGGGAAGCUGAACGUUGAGUUUACCCUUACCGGAGUUUACCUUCUUAUAUACUGUCUAUGGAGUUUACCACAAGUGUGAUCCUGUGUUACGUUUCGCUGAAUUAAAAUCAGUACAAUUUGUAGCGGAAUAUCCAGCAGCUUCAAAUCGUGAUUUGAAUUCCUGAGCUGCCUGCAUUUAAAUGGACAGUGGCAGAGGAAGAAGAGGAGGGAGAGGAAGGAGAGGAAAUCGUGGUGGAGAAGACAGAGAUGUCCGUCUUUCUAAAUCCAUGGGUUAUGCUCUUCGCCAUGGAGCCAACCAGAUGGGUCUUCAAAUGGGUACAGAUGGCUUCAUGUUUGUGGAGGAUCUCCUGGCUCACCCACAGUUCCGCUCAUACUCAUUGGAAGAUGUCAAAAGAGUCGUGGCCACAAAUGACAAGCAGCGCUUUAAGCUUCUUCCCCACCCGGAGGAUGGACGCCUGCGGAUUCGAGCCAGUCAGGGCCAUUCAGUACCGGUAAUGGAUUUGGAGCUGAAACCGAUCAUAGCUGGUUCUCCAGACUGCCCUGCUGAGGCCGUUCAUGGCUCCUACCUCCACAACUGGAGCUCCAUCCAGCAGCAGGGCCUGAGCCGCAUGAGGAGGACACACAUCCACCUGGCACCAGGCCUGCCAGGGGAGAAAGCCGUCAUCAGCGGCAUGAGGAAAGACUGUGAUCUAGCCGUGUAUAUUGAUGUCCCCAAAGCUCUCGCUGAUGGUAUUGAGUUCUUCUGGUCAGAUAAUGGCGUGUUGCUGACUGCAGGCGACACAGAGGGAAAACUUCUCCCUAAAUACUUCAGCCAAGCCUUAAGACUGAGACCCACAAGGAGCAUCCUACCACUGCAGUAGCACCAGAGGAUACUGUUCUGUCAAUGGUCAUAGCAGGAA